CCUGCGGGAGAGGAAGGCAGGGGUCAGUGGACCCCCCCCCCCGCUUCCUCCAGCCGCGUCUUUCCGCUCCUCUGUGCUCCUCCGCCGCGCGGUCGGUGGCCAUGGACGCCAGGCGAGCCAGGCGCAGAUCCUGGCGCAGAACCCCCGGCCGCAGACUGACCGGGGCGCGGGCUCGCUCGGCCGAGGACUGGUGGUGGGAUCGGCUGGCGCCCAGCGGCUCUGAAUACCACCUGCUUCAGGCAGACAGCAUGUUGCUCGUGCUGCCGGGCCCGGGGCCUGUCCGCGCCCGCGCGCACAGGCGCAUCACCCGCCGCGCGCAGCGGCCACAGUCCUCGGGCCCCGCAGCAACUGCCAAGCCCAGGCCCAGGCCCCGACCUGAGCCGGCUCCUGAGCCGGCUCCCGACCCGGAGCAGGGGCCGGACCCGGGCUGGGGAGAUCGCAUUCCCUUGGAGGUCCUGGUGCACAUUUUCGGGUUGCUGGUGGCCGCCGAUGGGCCCAUGCCGUUUCUUGGCAGGGCUGCGCGCGUGUGCCGCCACUGGCAUGAGGCAGCUUCCCAGCCCGCCCUCUGGCAGACGGUAACCCUGUCGCCCCCGUUGGCUGSCCGCGGUGUCAAGGGCAGCGUCAAGGCGGAGAAGAAGCUCCUUGCUUCCCUGGAGUGGCUCAUGCCCAAUCGCUUUUCACAGCUCCAGAAACUGACCCUCAUCCACUGGAAGUCGCAGGUGCAUGCAGUUUUGAAGCUGGUUAGUGAGUUCUGCCCUCGGCUCACCUUUCUCAAGCUUUCAGACUGCCACAGUGUGACCACGGAUGCUCUCAUCAUGCUAGCCAAAGCCUGCCACCAGCUCCACAGCCUGGACCUACAGCACUCCAUGGUGGAGUCCACAGCUGUGGUGAGCUUUCUGGAGGAGGCUGGACCCCGAAUGCGCAAGCUGUGGCUGACCUAUAGUUCCCAGACAACAGCCAUCUUGGGUGCACUACUGGGCAGCUGCUGCCCCAAGCUCCAGGUCCUGGAGCUGAGCACCGGCCUCAACCGCAACAACACUCCUCUGCUGCUGCCUAUUGAGGCUCUGCAGAAAGGCUGUCCCCAGCUGCAGGUACUGCGGCUGCUGAAUUUGAUGUGGCUGCCUAAGCCUUCUGGGCGAGGGGCAGCUCUGGGACCAGGCUUCCCCAACCUUGAGGAGCUCUGCCUCGCCAGCUCCACUUGCAACUUUGUGAGCAACGAUGUCCUGAGUCGCCUGCUCCAUGGCUCCCCCAACUUGCGCCUGCUGGAUCUUCGGGGCUGUGCCCGCAUCACGCCUGCUGGUCUGCGUGAUCUGCCAUGUAAAGAGCUGGAGCAGCUGCACUUGGGCCUGUAUGGUGUGUCUGACCGGCUGGCUCUAGCUAAGGAGGGCAGCACCCUGUUGACUCAGAAGUGGCAUCACACCCUGCGGGAACUGGACUUGAGUGGCCAGGGCUUCAGUGAAAAGGACCUGGAGCAAGCCUUAGCUGCCUUCUCUGGCACCCAUGGAGGCGCCCACCCAGCCCUCUGCUCCCUUAACCUCAGGGGUACCCGGGUUACAGCAAGCACGAUCAGCUCUGUGAUCAGUAGCUGCCCUGGCCUGCUAUACCUCAACCUGGAAUCCUGCCGCUGCCUCCCCAGGGGCCUGAAGCGUGCCUACCGAGGCCUAGAGGAAGUCCAGUGGUGUCUGGAGCAGCUACUCACCAGCCCCUCCUCCUCCAGCUAGGCAGUUCCAGCUCUGCCUGUACGCUUUCCCAGUUUGGGAUGUUUAAAC